AUGAAGAUCAUUGGGGGUGUCCUUCUGCUCUGUACGGUGGCCCAUUUCUGCAACAGUGCAGAAACUGGCACUCCAUCUACAAGAACGGACCUUUUCUUGUUUCUGUCACAGGUGGACUGCAGCAUUUAUAAGAAGUACCCAGUGGUGGCCAUCCCCUGCCCCAUCACAUACUUGCCCGUUUGUGGCUCUGAUUACAUCACCUAUGGGAAUGAAUGCCACCUGUGUACCGAGAGCUUGAAAAGUAAUGGAAAAAUUCAGUUUCUUCAUGAAGGAAACUGCUAA